UCCAAAAGGACUGGGGGUGGGGAUCCGAGGAAGCUCAGAGUAGGGGGUCCGAGGAAGCUCAGUGACUGAUCCUAAAAGACCCAGAGUCGGGGGACUGAGAGGUUCAGGGAGAGAAGAGGGUUUGAGAGGAGUCAGGCUCAGGGCUAAAGGCUUCAGGGUGCUGGAGUGAAGGGCACUUGGGAAAGGAAAUCUGAGGUCCAGAGUGGGAGAUCCAAGGAGGCUAAGAGUGGACAUGUCUGAGGAGGCUCAGAUUAGGGGCACAGGGGUGCUCAGAAUGAGAGAUCUGAAAGGGCCUGAGGCUGGAGGAGGGUCCACGGGGGCCCCGAGUUGUUAGAGAGCCAGGCUUGUGGUUGUGGGUCUGAAGUGGGGUCUCAAGAUGUUUAAAGGGGCUCUGUGCGCAGCCCUGGGGUUUAUGCGUGGAGCUUUUGAGAAAGGCUCCCUGGGUGGGGUCAGAGAAUGUUUUCCGUGAGAGGAUUUAUUUUAUUUUUUAUGUCUGUGGAAGGAUUGAGGGGGCAAGUGUGUAGUUUGAUGGCCCCUUGGUGGAGUUUUGGAGGACUAUUCUGGGUAGUUAUUGUGUUCGGGCAGGGAGACUCGGGGCUCGCCCUGUAGCUUUGGAGAUGCUGAGGACUCAGGUUUUAGAGGCCAAGUGAGUUUCACCGCUGAGGACUGGGUGCAAGGAGUUGGUGUCGAUGGAGGAGGAGGACGCCAGGGUUCCAACCCUGGAACCAUUCAGGGUGGAGCAGGCACCACCUGUAAUCUACUAUGUCCCUGAUUUCAUUUCCAAGGAAGAGGAGGAGUACUUGCUUCGACAGGUUUUUAAUGCCCCAAAGCCAAAGUGGACCCAGCUCUCCGGGAGGAAGUUACAGAACUGGGGUGGGCUCCCCCAUCCACGGGGGAUGGUUCCUGAGCGGCUGCCCCCAUGGCUCCAGCGCUACGUGGACAAAGUGUCUGACCUCAGACUUUUUGGGGGUCUCCCAGCUAACCAUGUCCUCGUGAACCAGUAUCUGCCAGGGGAGGGCAUCAUGCCCCAUGAGGACGGACCACUGUACUACCCGACUGUCAGCACCAUCAGCCUGGGCUCCCACACCAUGCUGGACCUGUACGAGCCGCGGCAGCCGGAGGAUGAUGACCCUGUGGAACAGCCUGCUGACCAUCAACCCGCCCCGCAGCCCCGGCCCCCGCCCCGGCCCACCACGUCGCUGCUGCUGGAACCGCGCAGCCUGCUGGUGCUGCGUGGCACCGCCUACACGCGCCUCCUCCACGGCAUCGCUGCUGCCCGGGUAGACGAGCUCCAUGCCACCUCCCUGCCGCCCAACGCGGCCGCCUGCCCGUCGGCGCGGCCCGGAGCCUGCCUGGUCCGCGGCACUCGGGUCUCGCUGACCAUCCGCCGCGUGCCCCGCGUGCUGCGCGCCGGCCUCUUGCUCGGCAAGUGAUCGCCAGGCUCCGGACCGUCGGGAUCUGGCUUCCUCGCCAUCCUGGGGCUGCUGCGAUUCUGUGACCUUGAACCCUGAGGCAGAGGCAGCUCCCCUGGAUUAUUUAUUUUUCUCAAUAACUUUGCGGGAACCACAGGAAAAAAAAACCCAUUCCGAAUAAAUCAAAAUAUAUCUUUCCUU